UUUUAACUUACUAGACCGCUCGUUGCUCGGCUCACGAAGCCUGCACGAAGCCUGCGCGUCAGGGCAGCGUACGCCCCGCGCCCGCAGCGUGGGGCAGCCUCACGAUGUUCGGCGGCGACCCCUUCGGCGGCGGCGACCCCUUCGACGACCCGUUCUUCACCGGUGGGGGCAGCGCCUCUCGUGAGGGUGGCCGGCGCCGCGACCCCUUCGGCGGGAGUCUGCUGGGGCAGAUGAUGGGCGGCGGCAGUCUUUUGGGAGGAGGCUUCGGUGAGGACUUCGGCCGCAUGGGCGGCGGCGGGAACUCGAGCUUCACGAUGAUGAGCUCGUCGACCACAGUCUCGGCCGACGGCCGGUCGCGCACGGUCACGGAGACGGCUCAAAGGCACGGGGCCGGCCCUGUCGUCGGCGAGCGCCGCGAGCACAAUCGCGACCGCGACCGCGAGACGCUGAGCUGCCGCCGCCGCAUCGGGGAUAGAGCUAGAACGGUGUUGAAAGAAAGAGACGAGCACGGCGACGAGCGGACCCUCGACACGAUCGAGAACAUGGACGCCGACCCGCAAGCCCUGGACCGCUUCGAGGAGGAGUUUCGAAGCGCGCGUGGGGGCCGCAGCCACCUCCUCGGCUACGAGCAGCCACAGCAGCGCCGCCGCCGGACGCCCAUGAUCGGCCCGGCCUACGACUUCGACCAGGAUGAGGUCUAAAUGCCAUCCUGGUCCGCCCGCGCGCUCCCGAGUCCCAUCCCGCGCGCCCUGCGUAACCUGCUUGCCUUGUACCUCCUUCUACCGUUCGUUGUCGUACUUUCCGAAGACCGCACGCACGCAUUCUAUCUCGAGAUAGGAAAUCGUGGGCUAGCCGGCAGCAAUGACACAAGAAACCAGAG